AUGCUUACAUCUCAGAGGGAUGUGCAGGAAUGGUACCUUCCCAGCUGGAAAAUAAAACCAGAGUAUUCCACGAAAGUGCUCAUUGGAAACUGGUUGGAAGAGAGGAAAAGGUUUAUAAAAGACACUGGGAAACCCAGCAACAGCAUCUAUGGGACUGACUUUAUUCACUUCCCUGACCACAGAAUAGAUCGAACAGUGAGGAGAACCAUUAUGAAGAAACUUGAUGGCCUGCCAAAGCAGCAUCUGUUUACGCAACAUGAAGAACCGAGCAACCGCAAUUUAGUAACUCAGUACGAUGAUCAUUACAACAGACAUGGCUAUAAUCCUGUGUUGCCUCCGCUCCGCAGAUGGAAUGGACAAAAGCUAGCCUGGCUCCCGGAGAAAUCAGAUUUCCCCAUUUUCGAACCACCCACCAACUAUGGCCUUUUUGAGCAACUAAUGAAAAAAUGGACCCACCAAGAGGCUGGAGUGAUGAACAGUGUCUACACUGUUUCUUAUGAGAGGCCGCCUGUUUCUGCUUUUGCCAUUCGCCGACGUCCGGUCACAAAUUACCACCAGUCCCCCCGCGAUGGGCAGCGUCUUCCCCACAACCUCAGUGCAAGUCUGGAAUGUGACGGCGCACCGAAAUGCCUUCAAGCUCCUGGGCAGUCGGUCAGAGACACGGCAGCCAUUGGCGCCACGCUGUAG